AUGGAAGGUCUGUUUUGUAGACGUUUCCUACCACAGUUAGAAGGAAAGAUUGAUAAAUACCAGUUUUUCUGUAAAGGCCUAUCAACAUCGGAUGCAUUAAUAAGCUUCCUUCAACCCAUUUACGAAGCAAUUGACAAAGGAAACAAUACAGCCCGAAUUUUCUUUACAGAUUUCUCCAAAGGAUUUGAUCGCAUAGACCACAAUAUACUUAUAGCGAACCUUCAAAAACUUAAUAUACAUCCUGCUCGUACUAACUGGGUGUCAGCCUUCCUGUCAAACAGAAUGCAAGCAGUUCGAAUUGCCGGAGUACUGUCCGACUGGAAACGUCCGAAUGGCGGAAUCCCGCAGGAAACAAAACUGGGUGUAAUAUUGUUCUCUGUGAUGACAAACGAGCUCCUUACCGAAUGGAGACUAAGAACAAAAUUUGUGGAUGAUACUACAGCUCUAGAAAUGAUUCCAAGGAACUCGAUGAGCCUGACCAACAUAGUAGCGGACAACAUUAAUGAUUUUGCUGAAAACAAUCAUGUGAAACUUAACCCUAAAAAAUGCAAGGAGAUGGUAAUAGAUCCUUUAGAGUACAAUACUACGGUAUUAAGACCUAUAACCAUAAGUAAUACCACUAUCGAAACGAUAAAGAAAUACAAACUUCUUGGAGUUAUUUAA